AUGCCAGAACAAGUGAGUAUUGCCAAUAGUGGUGUACCUACGGCUCCUGCGCCCGCUGUGCAUACUAUCAGGCACUUCAAGGCGCCGCCGUUCUUGGAAGAUAAAAUCAAAGUGUGGUUCAUGCUUCUUGAAGCGAACUUUAACACGGCACAUAUUACUAACGAUGAAAGUAAAUACUGCCACACGUUGUCAUCAUUGACGACGAAAGCCAUCAAUCAGGUGGAAGAUGUUAUAGUCGCUCCGCCGGAAGCGAACAAAUACGAAAAUCUCAAGGAGAAGAUGAUCGAGCGCUUCACGGAAUCAGAUAGUUCGCGAAUGAAAAAGUUGAUGGAAAACGAGCAGAUGGGAGACCGAAAGCCGUCGGAAUUCUUUCGUUGCUUGAAGUCAUACGGCACUUCGAAUACUACCGACGCCUUUAUUAUGAGUGUUUGGAAGACCCGCUUACCGCCCACUCUGCAGGCACACUUGACUGUGACGAGUGAGACCGAGACAGCCAAACUGCUGAAACUUGCUGACAGCGUGCACGAGGUAAAUCACUCUCCAGCAAAACAGAUAAAUGCUGUCGAGCACCACGAUGGACUGGCGAUGCUAUCAGAGCAAAUCAAAAAUUUGAUCUUGCAAAUUAGCACGCGUGACCAAGGACAAGGUCGCAGUCGCUCUCGCAAUCGUGGAAACAAGAACAACCGCUCUCAGACUCCAGCGAAUAACCGCGCUCAGCCAACGUCUGAAUCGAACGGUCGACUUUACUACUACCACCACAACUUCAAGGAAAAGGCUACCAAGUGCCGUAGUGGUUGUUCGUGGUCGGGAAACAAUGCGCGCAGUCAGUGA